AGUGAGGCAACGUAAAGCUUGAACACGAAACAACCACCCACCACCACCUCACCUCCACCUCCACCCAUUACCACCAUCAUGGCGAACAGCGGCUACGAUGUUGUCGUAGAUAUCGACGAUGACGGCGAUCUCGGCCACACCGACCUUGCGCCUGACCUUGAAUUCCACCAAUCCAACUACAACCAGGACCAGACCAGCGGGAAGAUUCCAAGAGAUAACUCCGGCCGCGGCGGCUUCUUCUCCGGUGCCGGCGGAGGCCCAUCAGGCUCCGGCGGCGGAGGCUCUGGCGGCGCAGACCCGAACACGAAACGGUAUUUAUGGAGUGUCGACUUCUACGCGCAGUUCUUCGACGUGGACACGGACGAGGUUGUCAAGCGCUGCUGGGCAGCGCUCUUCCCCAAGGCGGUGUUCCUCGACAUCCUCGAGGGCAAUCCAGAUCUCUACGGCCCGUUCUGGAUCACCACCACCGUCGUCCUAAUCCUCUUCCUCUCAUCCACGAUCGCCCAAUACUUCGCGCGGAUGAAAGACGUUCCCUACACGUACGACUUUGGCCUCUUGUCGGGCGCCGCAGGGCUGAUGUACGGUUACACGGCGUUCGUCCCCGUCGCGCUCUGGGGCGUCCUCAAAUGGUACGGUAGCGAGAGCGCCAACCUGCUGGAAUGCCUCUGUCUCUACGGCUACAGCAACCUGAUAUGGGUCCCCGUGGCUAUCGCGAGUGCGUCCCCGAUCACAAUACUGAACUAUGUCUUCGUCGCGACGGGAUUCGCUGUCAGCGCACUGUUCCUGUUCAGGAAUUUGUAUCCAGUCGUUGCCGCGACGGACGCGAAGACUACGAAGGUGCUACUGAUCGUAGUUGUGGCCCUCCAUGCGGGAUUGGCCCUGGCGAUUAAGAUUCUGUUCUUUGCACAUGGAAGCCCCGUGGCUAAGGAUCAGCUCACGAAGGACAAGCCUAGUUUGAUGUUUUUGUAAGGGGGAGACUAUGAGAGCUGGUUAUAUCGUCUUUUUCUUUUGCAUACUUAGGUUGGCUCGAGGGGUGUGUCUUUUUUUUUCCAAUUGUCGCGAUCAAGCCGUGGGAAAUAUAUCACGAGUGAUGCUUCAUGGAACCCAUUCGUUCGUUCGAAGGGCCGGCGGAUGAGCUUGGGUCGAGUCCGCGAAAUGGGCC